UUUCCAAACACUUUUUUCUCCGAGCCCCGCCAUUCUACUCGGCAUGCUGCGGUGGGUCCUGUCAGCACCCUGCAUCCCCCACUGCUUUUCCAAGGGAGGAAAGUGUGCUGCCUCUUCUGACCCAGGAAUCUAACUCCAAAUCCCGGAGAGGCAUAUUAAGAAGAGCUGUCUUUUCUGAAGACCAGAGGAAAGCUUUGGAGAAAAUGUUCCAGAAGCAGAAGUAUAUUAGUAAAACAGACAGGAAGAAACUGGCCCUUAACCUGGGUCUAAAGGAGUCUCAGGUGAAAAUUUGGUUUCAGAAUCGAAGGAUGAAAUGGCGAAACUCCAAAGAAAAAGAAGUGCUUUCUAACAGGUGCCUCCAAGAAGAAGGUCUUCAGGAGAACUACCUCUCACGAUCCACCAUGAAUUUUACCUCCCCAUGCCCAUCUGUGUGGGAAAUGUCUGAAGAGCGGGCAAGUCCAAGGUGGAGAGAGCAUUCUCCAGGAAAUUCUGAAAGACUGACUAGUACACAACCACCUCCAAGAGCGAAUUCAUUGCAGAGCCCACUCUAUUUGUAUCCUGACCAAGACACUGCAAACAAGGCAUCAUCAAGUGUGAGGGAGUAGGGGCAGUUUGUAAAUGGAGUGGGAGAGGGCAGGCUUCAAAUGAGCAGUGUUUUAAGAUUAACAAUAUUUGAACAUUGUAAAGUUAACUAGUUUAUGCUUCAAAAAUAUGCUAAAGUUUAACACAUUAAAAUUGCAAGCAACUAAUGAUUUAAGAAGUAUUCGUCAAUAUUCAAUCUUUUCUUGUGUCUUUUCCAGUGUUAUACUGACCUUUAAGUAAAAUAGGAACUGAUGGUAAGUAAAAUGAAGUGAAGAGCAUGAAGCUGAAUUUGUGCUCUAAUUUAUACAUCUGCACUGUAUGUGAUGCUCAUUAAAACACACACUAAUAGAGUCACUUUUAUUUCUCAUUGUAGUCAGACCAAUUAAUUUCUUCUGUGCAUGAGAUAAGAGUUCUGUUUCUCUCAA